AGUCAAUAUGGCUCACGCUGCAAAACUCAAUGCUCUUACCGAUGACUUGAUUACAUCCAUUACUCCAUCUGCUUCUCGUAGANNUGCCCGACAAAACAGGCACUUGAGAGAUUCUGCCCUGAGGACUUUCAAAACACAACAACAUGUUCGUGUCAAUCAGUUCGAAACUGAUGCACGACUCGAAGGCCUGCUGGAGAAGUUCUAUGUUCUAAACAAUGAACCCUUAGCAGAUGCUCUGAAACCUCGUCUUGAUGAGUUGGCCGCCAGACCCAACAAAUGGAGACCUGAGAUUCUGGCUCUUUUACUGGCUCUCUCCGAUCGGCCAGCCGAAAAGACAAACAUCAACAAAGCUUUGGAAAUAACUCCUGAGGAACCGGUUGAACGGCAAUUGACAUGGGCUGAAAUCAUCGCUGAUGAUCCACUCGACGAAGAGGGUAUAUGGGACGACGUCGAGAACGAGUCCGACUAUUCAGAGCAUCGAGCACCCAGUCUUAGCGAUGAAUCUGUUGGUGAACCAACGUCGUCUACUUCUGCUUCUUCUCUUGGUGAACAGGAUCUAGCUUCCUUGGCUCGCGCCUUCAUUGUUUCCAAGGAUCACGAACUCCUAACCCAAGUCAGAGAUAUACGCAACCGCAUGACGAGCAUGCGUUCAGGCUCAGAGCUUACAGAGCUACAAGUCACUCGUCAAGUACUGCUGAUGCUCCAUGGGCUACCUACAGAUCUGUUCGAAGUUGGCAAUGGUGGUCGUGUUCGAACAAGGCACUCUUGCCACAUAACAAAUAUUGCGCCGUCAACCUUGGAUCGCGUUCUGCAAGAUUACGCCUCACUUGGCUCGCAGAUUAACGUCGUCAGAAGAUUUGUUGCCUCAAACCAGCAAAGUGUGGUUCUGCAAAGUUUCCAAGCAGCAGUGCAAACUCAACUGAGCGAUUUCGGUCGUACGUUAUCGGACAUCGAGCAUGGCUUUCUCCAGGAUGGGAAGUCGGCGGUGGUCAGCCUACUGAAUGUGUACGCCAAGAUUGAUCGUGUCGCUAGACCGCUUGUUCGACUUGGAAGUCUUAUACCAGACGACGCCCUCAAGCACAAUGUUCGAGCAGUGCAAUUGCUCAACAAUCUGUUCGAACAGACUUGUAACCUUCAGGUCAUUGGGGAGGACGAUGAAAGCUUAAGAAUUGCAGGUCUUCUGUUCAAGUGUCUAGAGCCAUAUCUUCAUCCCAUCCGACUAUGGAUGACCGAGGGCAAGCUAAUCCCCUCAAACGAACUGUUCUUCGUACGCUCUGAUGAUGAAAGUUCUGAUCGCGGAUCAAUAUGGCACUCUCGCUUCACGCUGCUCAAACAAGCUGAUGGGUCCACCUUUGCACCCAACUUCAUGCAAAGCCUAGCUGAGAGAAUUUUCAAGGCUGGGAAGACUGUCAUGUUCCUUAAGGCCCUCGGCCACCAGCCAGAUAUCUCUGAGCGCAGUGCNAAAAGUUUAGACAUUGCUCAGAUCAUGCAUUCAGCGAAGAAUGGCUUGCUACCUUUCUCGGAAAUUUUCAAGUUGGCCUUGAACAGUUUCACUUAUGCACUCGAAGGAUCAGAGACAAGAAUCUUGCAUCAGGCCUUGAUGUCACAAUGCGGGCUUCAGUCAACGAUCGGCGCGGUCAACCAUCUAUAUCUCGGCGUCAAUGGUACACGUUUCCAAGACUUUGCCUACGCUGUCUUUCAGCGUACAGAUCGAGGUAGUGGCUGGGAUGAUCGAUUCCUGCUAACUGAAUUAGCACAAACUGCUUUCGAGGCUACUGACUCUGUCAUGUCUGACCACAUUGUUGUUCGCGUCCAAGCUCAAAAUGAUCAGAAAUCUUCUACAUCUCAUGGUCGACGCGCAGACGUGUUGGAUCGCAUCGUUGUGGAUUACUCUAACGUCCUGACUAAGGCGACUCUGGCAGCUUGUCAGAAAGCUUUCACAAUCCUGCUGAGGCUCUACCGAGCUCAGUAUCUGUUGAACCAACAAGAAUGGACGAUGAGCAUCAUGGCUGAUCGCGCCAAAGAACAAAGAGUUAAAGAGCUACUAGCUUUGCGACAGCACUUGUCUUGGUUUGCGACCACUAUGAAGGGCUACAUCUGUGAGGCGCUGUCUAUCGUAUCGAAACAGCUCACUAUCGAUCUUGAGGUCGCGGCAGACGUGGAUGGUAUGAUUGCAACAUUCCACACGUUUGAACUUGGCCUGACGAGCAAACUUCUACAACACGACAAUCUGGCACCGAUACAAGGUUCCAUAUUAGCUAUACUCGAACUCUACGAGGAUCUCGCACUGGAGUGGAGGCACGCUGUCAAGCAGAUCAGCAAGAAUGCAAACAAACCCACACCUCGACAGCUGCUCGUGCAGCAAAAUUUCUCAGCUCGGCAUGACAGGUCUGAGGUUGAUGAAGCGGCUAAUCUGACUGACGACGAAGAUGACUCUGAACCCCAUGAGAAGCAUGAUCAAAGAUCUGUCUUGAGCGUCCCUAGCCUGCUCAAAGAGUAUAGCAGACAACUGUCAUUCUUGCUUGCUGGACUGCGGAGUGUAAGCAGAAUCGAGGGCGAACCAGCAUGGAUCAUGCUGUCUGAAAGACUUUCAUGGGGAGUCAUGACUGCAGAUAAGAAA